GCUAUUGUUAGCUUGAGCAGCUCGCAUGUGUUAGCUUGAGGCGCUUAUGGCUAGAACUGUGUUUGCUUGCUUCGUCUUUUGUCCACGUUUGUGAUUCUUGGAAGCUUCGAGCACUACCUUCCAUAUCCUUAUUGUUGAACGAACACUUAUCAAACACAAUAUUUGUCGUAAUUUGCUUAGUUACUUUUUUCACUCUCCCGUUUCAGUGGCGUUGACGAGGCAUGUUCCCCCACCGCGAUCCACCGAGGGUGCACCCAGGCUUCAGCCCUGUGCCGCAUCGACAACCACCCUCUUCCAUGGGACCUCGCUUUCACCCCCAGCAUAGAUGCAGUUGUGGUGGUCCUGCACAUGAAAGGUUGCCAAAUUAUGAGCGGCCCCGGGGCCCAUCACCUCCUCCUCCACCACCGCACAUUAACGGUUGGCGCAAGAGGAAAAAUGAGGACUACGGCUCCCCAGUUUUAAAGCGCUUCCGUGAUGAUGAUGACUCCUCAUUCAUGCCAUACCCCCCACAUCAGCACAUGCCUCCCUUUUAUGGUCCUGACCAAGCUCUGGCAGGUUCUUCAAGAUCACGCGAUUUUGGUCACCCCCAACGCAGCCCCCACUCCCAUGUGCACACUAAUAUGCCUGCAACCUGUGAUGGCACUGUGGAUUUGCAGGUCUAUGUUAAAGACAAGGUGAGCGCUCAGAUGGUGGAGCUGUUCGAGGCAUGCCAGCAGCGCCAUUCUGAUUUACUACAUAAGGAGAUGUGCCGUAGUUGGCUGCAACAAGACAUGCUGCGUGUCUUUGAAGCGGGGCGACUGUACAUGACUGGCUCCAGCAUGAGUGGGUUAGCCAGCCGAAGCAGUGACGCUGAUUUGUGUUAUGUCCUCCGUGAAAAUAAACCUACACAUCCAGUCGCUGUGCUCUCGGCCCUCAAAAGGAUGAUGAAAUCAUUGUUAUAUGUAGAGCAACCCCAACUGAUCCGAGCCAAAGUGCCCAUCCUCCGGUUCCGAGAGAAAGGCAGCAACUUGGAGUUUGACCUGAACGUCAACAACACCGUGGGCAUCAGGAACACCUUUCUUCUGAAGAGUUAUGCUUACGCUGACCCCAGGGUACGACCCCUCAUCCUUGUUAUCAAGAAGUGGGCCCGGCAUCAUCAAAUCAACGACGCCAGUCGAGGAACGCUAAGCAGCUACACACUGGUGCUGAUGGUGCUGCAUUAUCUUCAGACCCUGAAUGUACCAGUCCUUCCUUCACUACAGAAGGACUACCCAGAAUGUUUUGAUCCGUCUUUGGAGAUUGACAUGAUCCCCGAGAGAGCCCAAGACAUCCCGCCCUAUAACUCCCAAAACAAUUCGUCUCUAGGAACACUGCUUUUGGGAUUUCUCAAAUAUUAUGCCACAGAAUUCAGUUGGAAGAAGACGGUGAUCUCUGUUCGUGAUGCCAAAGCAUUUACCAAGCAGAAUGCUGCCAAGUGGAGAGACAAAUUCAUAAGUGUGGAAGAGCCGUUUGAGAGUAAUAAUGUGGCCAGAGCAGUGCAUGAGCAGGCCAAAUUUGAUGCUAUUACAUCUCAGUUUCUUGAGUCAUUCAACAUGCUACAGAAGGGAAAGGACCUCAACUCAAUUCUUCCUGUUCAAGAGAUCAUUCAUAAAGAACUAUCUUGGAAAUGAGUUAUCGGACUCUUCUACCUGACCACACCUUUUCCCAAGUUGACAAGGGAUCCUUCAAUGCUGUUUUGUUACAAAAUGACAACGAAUUAAAUGUGCUUUUUCUUCCUGUCACAUCCCUUUAAAAGGUUUAAAAGUACUAAGAAAGUCAAUCACUGUAGGUGAUCUAUUUAAUAAAAAUUGUGAGGUAUACUGGAUUUUUUUUUUUUUACUUCAGAUCUUUCUCUUUUCUUGCCAUUGACACAGAAGGUCACAACUCCAGGUUUAAGCCCCAAAUAUGCCUCACAGUCCUAUCAAUCACGUCGUAUUACAAAAAAAUACAAUGCAAUCACCCUAAACUUACAAUUUUAAUAAACUUAAAAUUACAAUUUUUAAUUGGAUGACACUGGAUAGAGGUAGAACUGUCUCACUGUGUUGAAUGACAAAUUGCAUCCACCCUGCAAAUUCUUAUUCAAAUCAAAUGUACAGUAUGUUUUUGUUGUUGGAUGUUGUGUGUUGGAUGUUCAUAUAAAUGUAGUAAGUCAAAAUUGAACACAAAUGUUUUAAAAAGCAUAAAAAAAUAAAGUUGAUGUAUCAAAACAUGGCAGGGAGUUGUAUACAGCUUUAGACUGCACCAUUACAACUAAUACCUGGAGUUGCACUCAAAAUGAUUUAACCCCAUUCUAAGUUGUAAUUACUAUAUUAACCUGAAUAUAAGACAACCAUAAACAUAAGAUGGCUGUUUUUCAAGACUUUUUUUUGGAGAUAAAUAUUUUAAUACAGUGGGG